GCAGACGAAGCUUGUUCCGAUUUGCCAAGCCUAGUUGGACAGUUGGUUGGUACUCCCGUCCCGUCACAUCUACGGCAGCGCACAACGCAACGCUAGCAUUCCACACCGCGCCGCCGCGGCACUUCGAUCUCCAUGGCUGGGGAGCACACCCUGGCGCUGUCUCUGACCGGCGGCAGAACCAAGGGGUCGCCAGCAGGGACGACGACGGUGGCGUCGGCUCCGCCGGAGCAGCGGCAGGCGUCGGUUGAGGUCGAGCGCGCGCGUCGCCGGCAGAUGUCCAGGCUCUACGCCGAGCUCGGCGCACUGCUCCCCGACCUGCCCCCUCGGGCGCCCAGGGCGAGGAUACUGGAGGAGGCGAUCGCGUACGUGGGGGCGCUGCGGGGCACGGUCGCGAAGCUGGAGACGCACCGCGCGGUCGAGCGGGCAGGGCGGCGGACUGCGGCAGACGGGGGUGCCGCCGUCGCUGCCGAUGAGGUGCUCGCGGCUAAGAAGGCAACGUGCUUCGCUGCCAGGCUACCGGCGGCGCGGCGACCGGGCGCGCUGACGCGUGUGCUGGAGGUGUUCCGCCGGCAUGGGGUGCCCGUUCUGGCGGCGACGGUGACCAGCAACGCCGGCGAGGCCGCCGUCACGGUCACCACGGGGGCAGUGGCGCCGAACGUCGUGGAGGGGAUCAAGGCAGAUAUAUCAGCAGAAGCGUAGCGUGAUCGGCUAAUUUCCAUAUUUUAUUUAGUAUCACGAAUCGUUGGAAGCAUGUGUGCAUCAUAUAACUAUCUCGAUCUGUCUAGAACAGGCUGCAUCUUUCAAAGAAAAGUUUUGAGAAAGAAAGCAUCCUCAAGUGCAAUUUUGCGAGAAUACAAGACAGUAUCUGUUGUCUUAAAUUCAUCUGUUUUACUGAACGUACCUCUGUUGCUGAGUU